CUACAGCGACCCGUUCUGUGGUAUUACUAGUAGACAAAACUAGGGGGGGAAACCUCGGGCACCGGGAGUCUUUGUUUGGUUCUGCUUCCCCGUUCUCCUAGUGGCCGAUAGGUGAAGGCGGAGCACCAUCGGGAAAACUACAAAAGGGGAACGCUGUGUUCGGAGCCAAACUGGGUAGGAGACAGAAUGGGGCACUGGGGGCUUAGGGCAUACCCGCCUUACCAUGGCGAUGCGUGAGUACAGGGGGUGCAUACGGACAUGCCGUUAUAUUACCUACUACGGGAACGCUGACUGAGUAAACUUAUACACGCUACGGGUGUGGGCACCUGCUGUGAUGCUCCCAUCUAAGAAUAAGAUGUUCAAUUCACGCGAAGUAGUAUGGAAGAGGGCGAGCCGUCUUAAGGGAAGGUCUAUAUUACUGGUAUAUCCGGUCGGCCGUCGGCUAUCAGUUGUCUUGUCUAUCUGCCUGCCGUCGCCGGCGUCUAGCCCGUACCCGCAGUUAGAUAGAGACCGAGGCCUGAAUUGUACGAUAGAGACGGGUAAGUCGGGACGAAGAGACACGUAUAACCGGCCUGAGAGUUGGAACCUACAUAGCAUAUCGGUAUACCAUUUCCCCCCUUCUUUCCUGUUCUCUCCUCUUGCUUCUUUCCACUUUCUUUCGACUUUCCUCUCGGAAGUUCCGUACAUCUUUCUCACAAUACUUUAAUAUAUCAUUUUACUAUGUCCCAUAAGUACGAGGGAGUUAAUCUCUGGGUAUAUAUCCCCAACAAGGGCAUCGCCUUCUUCUUCCUGUUCGCCUUCUCCGUCUUAACGACGAUACACUUCUGGCAAUGCUGUCUAUAUCGAAGCUUUAAGCUUACCGGCCUCUUCAUCGUUGCCGGCCUUCUCUAUGUCGUCGGAUUCGCUCUACGGAUCAACGGUGCCUUCCGCAACUACGAAGAAUCAGACCUUUUCAUCGCCAGCGUCACUCUCAUAUAUGCUAGCCCGCCCCUCAUCGCCCUCGCAACCUACAAAAUCCUGAGCCGGGUCCUUGCCUACGUGCCGUACGUGUCCCCGGCGCCCCCGCGCUGGACCCUCCUCUUCCUUACGGUGCUCACACUCGCUAUCGAGGCGCUCAGCGGGGCCGCUGCCGCCUCGCUAGCCACAAGCCCGUCCCCUUUCCCCCCAUCGCCCCCUUCGUCGCGCGGCGCGGCGCUUCUGUGGGCCGCGAUCGCGGCACAGCUGGGUGCGCUGGCGGGCGCGGGGCUCCUCGCCGCGGUGGCGCGGCGGCGGUGCGUGCGGGCGCGGCUCGCGGCGGCCAGAGGCGUGCUGAGCACGGUGUACGUGGGGCUCGCGCUCCUCGCGGUGCGCGCGGCGUACCGCGUAGCGGAGCAGACCGCGCCCGAGGCGGUCGCGCGGCGCGCCGAGUGGCCCUUCUGCACGUUCGACGCCGCCGCCACCCUCGCCGCCCUGGCUCUCUGGGCCGCCAGACACCCUCGCCGUCGUGCCUUGCCCCCCGACGCCCGCACCUACCUCUCCCGUGACGGCCUGACUGAGGUCACGCCGCAGGAUGACACCGCGGCGUGGGACCCGCUCCGGGAGUGCCGCUGCGCGCGGGAUAAGGCACGCGGGAGGAUAGAGAGGGGCGGGGACGGGAGAAGCGGCGACGAGUUUGUGUUGUUUCAGGUAUGA